UUAAUUUCUUGGAAAAGUAAGAAACAAAGCAUUCUGUCUCGUUCUUUUGCAGAGGCAAAGUACCGUGCCAUGGCUCAGGGCACUUGUGAGAUCUUUUGGGCCAUAGUUGUUAAAGGCGCCGAAGGCGCGCGCCUGAGGCGCCACCUUGGCGCCUUGAAAGGCUUAGGGCGCGGGCCUUGUAUUAGGCGCGCGCUUUUGGGACUUGGGCGCAGGGCUACAGGCGCGCCUGUUUGAUUUUUUUAUUUUUUAUUUUUUUAUUAUUAUUUUGGUUGUGACUUGUGUGGGACAGUCAACACUCAACAGUGAGUCGUAUAUUCAGUCUGCAAAUCUUUAAUUAUCACUUGCAAGUUACAAAGCCAAAAAAAAAAAAAAAAAAAAAAAGAUCAAAAAGCAAAAAGCAAAAGGAAAGAAGAGACAGAGAAGAGACAGAGAAGUACAAAGUGUCGAAGCCGGAACUGGAAGGGAUUCAAGGGAAGCUCGGAUCUGCCGUCUCCGUCUGCGAAGCCCGGAUCUGCGAAGCACCGGUAAGUUCUCCUUGCUUCUUCUUCUUCUUCUUCUCUCGAAUCUCUCCUUCAGUCCUUCUUGCUUCUUCUUCUCUUCUCAGUUUUUUUUUUUUUUUUUCCUUCUCUUCUCUCGGCUCUCCAGUCUCCAGAGUCCAGCGGUCCAGCCUCUCCUCAACUCUAGUCUCUUCUCUUGAGUCUUGCUUUUAUUUUUUUUAUUUUUUUUUCUUUGAGCCGAGUCUCGGACUCUUGGCUCUUCUUUAUUUUAUUUAUUUAUUUUUUAUUUUUUCCCCUCUAUUCUUCUUCUCUCGACUCUCACUCUCAGCCUCUAGUCUAAUCAUAUAUUUUUUAUUUAUUUAUUUAUUUUUUUCUAUUCUUCUUCUCGAAAUUUAUUUUUUUUAUUUUUUUAUUUUUUUCUUUCACAACAAAAAUAUAUAAAAAGAAAAACCUUUUUUUAUAACAAGAAGUGAGUGUGCUUCUCUAAUUUCUGAUCUUAUUUGCGGCUCUUUUUUUUUUUUUUUCCCCCUCUAUUCUUCUUCUCUCAGCUCUGAGCCUCUUUCUGAUAGUGUGAUCUUAUUUUUUUUUUUCAAUUCUUCUUCUUCUCGGCUCUCUUUGACAGACUGACCUCUUAUUUUUAAAAAUUUUUUUUUUUUUCUAUUCUUCUUGGCUCUCUCUGCUUCUGCUCUUCAGCCUCUCCUUUUAUUUUUAUUUUUUAUUUUUUUAUAAUCUGUGCUGCUGGAAUAAAUUGUAGUUUACAACUUUACAAUUCUGUGCUGCUGAAAUUGUUAAUAUUGCUUUGAGCCUUUGAUUCUUUGAACUUUGAACCUCUGUAAUUUUUUUCUGUCAUAGUUGUUGCAGACCGUAGACACUGAUUAGUGAUUACAUGAUGCUAAUCUUGUUAUUAUUUUGUUAUUUUGAAUUUGAUUGUAGUUUGUACUUUAAAAGAUGCCUAGUGAUGGUUUAAGAAAGGAUCCGGCAUGGAAUUACUCACAUUUGGAGAAUCCGAAAGAUACAAAUGCCGUCACUUGUAACUUUAGUGCAAAAGUUACAAAAGGAGGUAUUUAUCGGGCUAAGCAACACUUAGUUGGAGGGUAUAGAAAUGUGAGUGCAUGCACAAGAUGCCCAUCUAGUGUUAGAGAAGAAAUCAAAGAGUACAUGAGUAAGAAAAAGGAAGAAAAAGAGCAAAUGAAUUUGUUACCUAGUGAUGAAAUUAAUUUCAUUGAUGGAGAGGAUGAGGAUGAUGCUAUGGAAGUUAACAAUUGGGGAAAAAGGGUAGCUAGUGUAGGUAGUGGCAGUGCUAGUGUCAAUUCCUCAAAGAUGCAAAAGCAAAAGGGACUGAUUGAUUUAUAUUUCACUCCCAGACCGGAAAUUGUGGUACAAAAAAGAAAGGAGGGGGGAAAACAAACAACCAUUAAUGAUGCAUGCAAGAAAGAGUUGAGAGGAAGAGCGUGUGCUACUUUUGCAAGGUGGAUGUAUGAUGCAGGAAUUGCAUUCAAUGCUGUUAAGUAUGAUAGCUUUGCUGAGGUUGUUGAAGCAAUUGGACAAUAUGGUCCUGGCAUGAAACCACCUAGUUAUCAUGAGGUGAGAGUUCCUUUGCUUAGGAAGGAAUUGGAUAAUACCAAUGCUUUGAUGAAUGACCAUAGAGAGGAGUGGUCAAAAUUUGGAUGCUCAUUAAUGGCAGAUGGGUGGACAGACAAGAGAGGGAGAACAUUACUUAAUUUCCUAGUAAAUAGUCCAAGGGGAACCAUGUUUAUUGAAUCGAUAGAUACUUCUUCUUUUUCAAAGGAUGGUGCAAAGAUGUUUGACUUACUUAAUAAAUUUGUGAACCGCAUUGGAGUAGCAAAUGUCGUCCAAGUCGUCACAGAUAGUGAAUCAAGCAAUAAGUAUGCCGGGAGGAUGUUAGAGAAAGAACACCCACAUUUGUAUUGGACACCAUGUGCUGCUCAUUGCUUAGACUUGAUGUAAGAAGACAUUGGGA